GUACCACAAUAUACACGACGUCGUGCAUAUAGACGAUUCGAUGAACGUGGGGACGUGAUCCGUCAUUCAGUCAGCUGGGGAUGCAAUCACUUAGGUCAGCUUUUGCGUGUGUUCAAAGUAUUAGAAGGGCCCAAAUUGGAAUACCUCAGUUGUGUCGCAGUAUGGGAGAUGCUGUGAAUGAGAGGCCUGUUGAAACCUCCAUCAAAAAGAAGCUGGCAGAUGCCUUCCAGCCAGAAGUCCUGGAGGUCAUCAAUGAAAGUCACAUGCACAAUGUUCCCAAAGGUUCAGAGAGCCAUUUCAAAGUUUUGGUUGUAUCGGAAAAGUUUUCAAAUCAGCCUCUAAUUAAGAGACAUCGUAUGGUGAAUGAUACCCUACAGCAGGAACUGAAGACCCAGAUUCAUGCUCUCUCUAUUCUUGCCAAGACUCCUGAACAGUGGAAUACCUCAGAACAGAAGAUAGGUCAGUCUCCACCUUGCCGUGGUGGGGCAGGGCUCUGAUACCCCAGGGUGCAGCGUGUGGUGAGAUGGACUGGCUUGUGAUGCUGUUCAGUCAAAUGGGUACUAGAUAAACAGACAAUGGCCGUCGUGGCAGACCUGAUGUCAGAUUUCUUCAGUUUCCCUUCUAACAUGUGUACGGAGAGCAUGGAUACUGAUGCUACGAUAAUAAAUUAGAUUGGAAGUCUUAAAGCUGUGCAUCAAUGUGUAUGUUCAAUAAACUUAAGAUGAAAUAAUUUAGAAAUUAAGACCACUGCUAUACAAGUUGUCUAGAUGAGGGUGUGAAUGCAAUGGAUGAUCACUGUGGUACAUGAACUGGAAUGUUGAAUAAAUUGGGAGACAGGCUGAAUGCUUCCAUUGCAGAAGAUGGCUUAGAGGAAUUCUGUGUAGUGCUCUGCAAGCAUGGCAGAUGCAGUGCUUUCCUUGUCUGCUGUGCAAAUAUUUGGAAAGAUGUUUGCCUACUUUCUCGAACAAACUAUUCAUUGGGUGGAAGCCUAUUAUGAACAUGAGUCAGUGAAUGUAGAAUUGGAAAUGUGAAUAAAGUGUGAAUAUCUUU